CUACCCGUGGCAACAAUGCUCAGAGCUGCCCAAGACAUGCCUUUGUGCUUUUAAAGCUCUCGCUCAAGCGCGCGAACGCUCUCAUCUAUCUCUGCAGUAUUUCUCUUUCCCAAUUUCAUGCCCGUAACCCCACAUAAAGAAACAAAUAGAAAACUAAUUAACGAAGAGGAGGUAUGGAAUGAAGUUAAAUUAGAUUAGUGCUGAAGAUUUUGUGGUAGGAGUGAUAAUUUAGUGUUAUAUCAAUGGCCGAGAUUUACCGUGGAGUGGUGAGUGAGAACGAGGCAUCGUCAACGUCAUGUGAGCCAAGUUCAAGAAUAGCUAGACGGAGAAGAAUGGAGAUUAGACGGCUCAGAUUCGUGGCAGGAGUGGCCUCAACAGAGACAGAAGCUGAUGACAUGGGCACCCAUAAAAGGCAGAAACUGCAAGUUUACAGUACUACUCGUAGUGGUAGUAAUAUUAGCCCGUGUUCUCGUGAUUGUCAGAACGCAGUGGAGAACUGUGGUGCUGAACACCCAGAUGAAAAUAAACCGUUUGAGAAAGGUAAAUCAUCAGAGAACAUAAUUUCGAGGCAAUACUCUUUGAAUCUAACUUCAAGUCCCUCAAUUUUAUCAACAUCUUUAAUCGAUCCAGAUCAGUUGUUUCCAAAAUUCGGGGUGGCUUCGGUUUGUGGAAGGAGAAGAGACAUGGAAGAUGCGGUAGCGAUUCACCCUUCAUUCUGUCGGAAAGACCAGGAAACCAAAACUGAGUUGCACUUCUUUGGUGUCUACGAUGGCCACGGUUGUUCUCAUGUGGCAGUAAAGUGUAAGGAGAGAUUGCAUGAGCUGGUGAAAGAGGAGUUUGGGGGGAUCAAGGAGGGGUGGAAAAGCGCAAUGGAAAGAAGCUUUAGGCGGAUGGACAAGGAAGUAAUAGCGUGGAAUCAAGGGGUGGAGGUUCGGGCGAAUUGCAAGUGUGAGAUGCAAACUCCAGAAUGUGAUGCUGUUGGAUCCGCUGCUGUUGUUGCAGUUGUAUCUCCUGACAAAAUCGUUGUCGCUAAUUGUGGGGAUUCAAGAGCUGUCCUGUGUCGUAAUGGGAAACCACUCCCUUUGUCUUCCGAUCACAAGCCUGACCGUCCAGACGAGCUUAACCGGAUCGAAAACGCUGGCGGCCGGGUCAUCUAUUGGGACGGCCCAAGGGUUCUUGGAGUUCUGGCCAUGUCAAGAGCCAUAGGUGAUAACUAUCUAAAGCCAUACGUUAGUUGCGAGCCAGAGGUAACAAUAAUAGAUCGAACGGCAGAGGAUGAUUGCUUGAUAAUAGCAAGCGAUGGUCUUUGGGACGUGGUCUCCAACGAGACAGCAUGCAUGGUGGCGCGUACGUGUUUGAGAGGGAAAGGGCACGCGCCGGGUCCAUGUUCUCCUAGACUGGUGGAGAACAAUGAGGCUGUGGGGAUACCCGCCGGCAGCAGCGGAAGUGGGGAAAUGUCGGACAAGGCGUGCUCUGAGGCAUCAAUGUUGCUGACGAAGAUGGCGCUGGCCAGGCAUAGUACCGACAAUGUGAGCGUUGUCGUGGUGAAUUUAAGGAAAGACACGUAGCAAAGCAACCUAUUACACGGAUCUUAUCAUCUCCUCCUCUGAUUCUCCCCUCUCUUUUUUUAGAGGGCUGGGUGAUAAGGUCCCGACAAGGUUAGCUUUUUUAAUUAAAAAAAAAAAAUGUGGGUGGGUUUUUCAGGAUAUUUCCUUCGUGAGGAGGAAAAUGGGAGUAGAAACACAGCAACUGAUUAAAAAAAAAAUCAGGACACCAGCUGUAUUUUAUUUUUCCCAUUCCAGAUGAAAUCCUUUUGCCAUGAGGUCCCAGAUGUUGUCCUUAAUAUUUAUGUGGUUGUACGGAUACCAUCACUUUCCUUUCUCUGGUGCAUUUGGAAUGAAUUUCUCGUAGCAUCA